AUGCCCGCGGCCCGGCCGCCCGCCGCGGGACUCGGCGGGACCUCGCUGCUCCUCGCCCUGCUCCUGGGGAGCCCCGCGGCAGCUCUGGCAGGAGAUGCAUCCCGGGAAGCAGACAUUGGCCCUUCAGGUGCUUCCCUUCUACCCUCCAGAGCUCUGGGGAGCAGCAGUCUUCAAGAGAAACUUGAAGAGAGAGUAACUACUGCCCCUCUGAAUCCAGUGCAGUCGGGGGAAGAUCUUCGAGAGCCAGGGCUGGAAGGGGAAGCCCCCUCGGCUGCCCUCUCCACGCGGCUGCCAGAGGAGACCGCCACCAAGCGCACCCUCCCCUCCGGGAAGAAGCUGCCUUCGCUCAAGCAGGUGAACUCGGCCAGGAAACAGCUGCGGCCCAAAGUCACCUCCACGGCAGCGGUUCAGAGGACAGUGUCCUCCCCUGCCUCCUUGGGCCUGGGCAUCCUCUCUUCCUCCGCCACUGAGAAGCCCCGCCCCCCGGGAGACCCUGAGCCUGCUGCCUCCGAGGAGCCCCUCUGGCUGGACCAGAAAGCAGGUGCAGUCCCCACGACGCCCGCACCCCUGCAGAUCUCCCCCUUCACCUCCCAGUACUAUGUGGCCCACACCCUCCCCCAGAGGCCAGACCCUGGGGAGUCUGUGGUGCCUGAUGAUGCCCCUGAGGCUCCCCCCGAAGAUGCCAGUCCCAUAACCUUGAUGGACAAAGGUGAGAACGAACUGACCGGGUCAGCCUCAGAGGAGAGCCAGGAGACCACGACAUCCACCAUCAUCACCACCACGGUCAUCACAACUGAGCAGGCCCCCGCUCCCUGCAGUGUGAGCUUCUCUGAUCCCGAAGGGUACAUUGACUCCAGUGACUAUCCACCACUGCCCCUCAGCGGCUUCCUGGAGUGUACGUACAACGUGACGGUCUACACUGGCUACGGUGUGGAGCUCCAGGUGAAGAGCGUGAACCUGUCUGACGGUGAGCUGCUCUCCAUCCGCGGGGUAGACGGUCCCACCUUGACUGUCCUGGCCAACCAGACUCUCCUGGUGGAGGGACAGGUUAUCCGAAGUCCCACCAACACCAUCUCUGUCUACUUCCGGACCUUCCAGGACGAUGUCCUUGGAACCUUCCAGCUGCACUAUCAGGCCUUCAUGCUGAGCUGCAAUUUUCCUCGCCGGCCCGACUUCGGGGAUGUCACGGUGAUGGACCUGCACCCGGGUGGGGCGGCCCACUUCCACUGCCACCUGGGCUAUGAGCUCCAGGGCGCCAAGACGCUGACUUGCAUGAAUGCCUCCAAGCCCCACUGGAGCAGCCAGGAGCCCAUCUGUUCAGCCCCUUGUGGAGGGGCUGUACACAACGCCACCAUUGGCCGGGUCCUCUCCCCAAGUUACCCAGGAAACUCCAAUGGGAGCCAGUUCUGCGUGUGGACAAUUGAAGCUCCGGAGGGCCAGAAGCUACACCUGCACUUUGAGAAGCUGUCAUUGCAUGAGAAGGACAGGAUGAUGGUCUACAGUGGCCUGAUCAACAAGUCUGCUCUUCUCUAUGACUCCCUCCAAACUGAGAAUGUCCCCUUUGAGGGUCUGCUGAGUGAGGGCAACAGCAUCCGCAUUGAGUUCACAUCUGACCAGGCGCGAGCAGCCUCAGCCUUCAACAUCCGGUUCGAGGCCUUUGAGAAAGGCCACUGUUAUGAGCCCUACAUUCAAAAUGGGAAUUUCACCACAUCCGACCCAACCUACAACAUCGGGACCAUCGUGGAGUUCACGUGCGACCCUGGCCACUCUCUGGAGCAGGGUCCAGCCAUUAUUGAGUGCAUCAAUGUGCGGGACCCGUACUGGAAUGACACAGAGCCCUUGUGCAGAGCCAUGUGUGGUGGGGAACUCUCUGCCGUGGCCGGGGUGGUGCUGUCCCCAAACUGGCCAGAGCCAUAUGUGGAAGGUGAAGAUUGUAUCUGGAAGAUUCACGUAGGGGAGGAGAAACGGAUCUUCUUAGAUAUCCAGUUCCUGAACCUGAGCAACAGUGACAUCCUGACAAUCUAUGAUGGCGAUGAGGUCAUGCCUCACAUCUUGGGGCAAUAUCUUGGGAACAGUGGUCCCCAGAAGCUGUACUCAUCCACACCGGACUUAACUAUCCAGUUCCACUCAGACCCCGCUGGCCUCAUCUUUGGGAAGGGCCAAGGAUUUAUCAUGAACUACAUAGAGGUGUCAAGGAAUGAUUCCUGCUCAGACUUGCCAGAGAUCCAGAACGGCUGGAAAACCACUUCUCAUACAGAGCUUGUGCGAGGAGCCAGAAUCACCUACCAGUGUGACCCAGGCUACGACAUAGUGGGGAGCGACACCCUCACCUGCCAGUGGGACCUCAGCUGGAGCAGCGACCCCCCAUUUUGUGAGAAAAUUAUGUACUGCACUGACCCCGGGGAAGUGGACCACUCAACCCGCUUAAUUUCCGAUCCUGUGCUGCUGGUGGGCACCACCAUCCAAUACACAUGCAAUCCAGGUUUUGUGCUGGAAGGGAGCUCUCUUCUGACCUGCUACAGCCGCGAGACCGGUACACCCAUCUGGACGUCACGCCUGCCCCACUGCGUCUCCGAGGAGUCCCUGGCAUGUGACAACCCUGGCUUGCCCGAAAACGGCUACCAGAUCCUGUACAAGCGGCUCUACCUGCCGGGAGAGUCCCUCACCUUCAUGUGCUACGAAGGCUUUGAGCUCAUGGGCGAAGUGACCAUUCGAUGCAUCCUGGGACAGCCAUCCCACUGGAACGGGCCCCUACCCGUUUGUAAAGUUAAUCAAGACAGCUUUGAACACGCAUUAGAAGUAGCAGAAGCGGCAGCCGAGACAUCGCUGGAAGGGGGAAAUAUGGCGCUGGCUAUCUUCAUCCCAGUGCUCAUCAUCUCCUUACUGCUGGGAGGAGCCUACAUUUACAUCACCAGGUGUCGCUAUUACUCCAACCUCCGCCUGCCUCUGAUGUACUCCCACCCCUACAGCCAGAUCACCGUGGAAACUGAGUUUGACAACCCCAUUUACGAGACGGGGGAAACCAGGGAAUAUGAAGUUUCCAUUUAAGGAGAGCUAUGCCUGAGAAGAGAGCUCACAAAUCAGAACUCAACUACAACCUCCUCGAGAAAUUCAUCCAGAGACCACGUGGCAUUUGAUUGAAACCCCAGAAUGUUGUCCGUCUUUUCUUUAGACUUUUUUUUGAAGAUUCACUGUUUUCUUCACUGUAUUUAUUAUAUUUAAAGUCGAAAUUGGUGUGGUUGGAGGUGUCGCAGCUGCGGCCAAAUCCGCGUGACAAUCUCCUUUCCAAAGUCAGGGGGAUGACCUGAAAAAUAACCGAAAUGGCAGCAAAGGCGGGAGGGGGAAAAAAAAAAAAAAAAGCAGCUGGGUUUCUCCAUCAGCGGUGGCCAUGCUGCUCUGGCUGCAUCAGAUGGCACACAUUUGGGGAUCCAUGCCCAUGGUGCUUUUAGGACAAAUCCCGGACCCAGGAUUAGGUGGGAAAGGUAUCUCUUGAUGGAUUAACUUGGGUCGGACUUCAGCUUGAACAGAUCUGCUCCAAAACAAAUCCCGGUCUGCUCUUCCAAAUGUUCUAUCAGCUUCUAGAAGGUCUCACCACCUCCUCUCCCUCCCAUGAUCCUCCCGAAGGCGCCCACGGCGUGAUCAUGAGCGUUUUCAUCCACCAGCCUGGCCUCCCUGGAUGCUGGCAGAAUCAGAAAACAUGGCAGAGUAGAUGACAGAUUUGAGAAUUCAGAUGGAGUGCGGGGUGGGUGUGGGGGGAACAUCAAGUUGGUAAAAGGUCCUUUCCUCUGACACUCCACCAGUAAUGAAAUGUCCUUUCCUCUGACACUCCACCAUAUGCUACGAGUCCAGAACCAAUCCUUUCGUUCAGCAGCCCCCCCACCCCAAGCUGUGACCUAGGACCCCUUGGGAAGCUUCAGCCACAUAAUUAAAAGGGUUACCAUUGUGGUGGGGGGGGGUUACAAGGGUUACAAUUGUGGCAAUGCCAGGUCCUGAAAUCCAGAGAUGGGCUCGGUUUCAUUUCCGGGAAUACUGAAACCCCUGAGGCCUCCAAAGAAGGGCAACUCAGAUGCACCAUUUCUCCAAAAGGGGCCGGAAUAUACUUGCAAUCCAGUAUUUCAGAAGCGAGGGUCCUACGAGGGGAAAAAAAAAAAAACUGUUUUGUUCCUCUUCGAAGCUCUGCCCAGAUGUUGGAGGGGGGUACGCAGGCUGUGACCAUGGAGAAAGAUUCUAUAAUACAGGUGCAAAGAAAAAGCAGCGGCUGAGGAUGCAAGGAAGGGAUAGCAUGUAUAAAGUCGAUUUGCCUCCCUGGGGUCCAUCACCUCCCUGGUGAUGGCCGGUGGCUCACGGAGGAACAGGCUUGGUGCUUGGGGUGCCCACUUUGGCAUCCACCCACGCUCGUUAGAAAUGUUUUAUAUCAGCUGGUUUCCUGACACGAGAAGCCCUUCCUGGCUGCCAUGCUGUUGAGAAAAUGGCUGGGAGUCCGUAUUUUGGUAGCUCAUCUGGGCAGCCCUGGAGCAGGGUAGGGCGGCUGGUUUUGACAAACACAUCGUCUUCUCUUGGCUAGAAGCUUGGGCUUCAGUCUUGGGGGAGCUGAGGCCCAGUUCUUUCCUUCUGCCAGAAAAGAAUCCUGCUUAUACGCUCCUUAAGGCAUGCAAGAGAUAAUUAAAGGCUGCUUUCCAGCCACCCAAAACCCACCCCAUUUUAUGCAAAAAAAAAAAAAAAAAAAAAGAGUAGACUCAUUCCAGACCAUUAGUAAGCAAUAUCGUAUUUGGAGAAGGUCCAACAAUGCAAAUAAUAGUAAACUUUUUUUUUAAAAAAGGCAGAAUCCAGUCUUUGCUUUUACUUCCAUUUGAUGCUUAUUCUAGCCCUAACCCUGGGUCAUCUGGAAGGAAGAACUCUAUUAAUGAUAUUUAAUUUUAGAACAUACUCUGGAUAUGUGCAAACUAAACAUCCACCUUUUGUCGAGACAGACAGAAUAUGAAAUCUUGAUUCUAACCGUGUUCCCUAAAAGUGGCCAGGCCACAGGCCAAGAGUCCUUAUUGGAUGUUGGAGGAAUAGAAAAGGUGUUGUUUGUUUGUUUGUUUGUUUGUUUGUUUCGGGAUACUGAUGUCUUAGUUUCGUC